CACAUGAAUAACAAUAAUAACAUUGCUGCUAUAUAAUAAUCGGUAAUCGCGUGUAUGUGUAUUCACAUGCACAGAAUAUAUAUUUGUGGAUAAACAAACUUCUAACAUCUCUGUCAUCACGUCCUCGUUCUACAUAUUCAUUUUUUCACAUUUUCCUUCGGUUUUUUCUUUCUUUUUUUAUUAUUUAUGCACGAGAUACUUUUUUCACCGUGUUGAGCAUCAACGCGCGUCAGUCGUGAUUUUCUUUUUUAAACGUGCAUUCACACGAUACACACAGCAUUAUAUAUAUAUAUACACACGCCUCAAACUCGUAUAUUAUAAUAUAUAAAAAAAAAAAUGACGGUGCGCUUUAAAAUUGUGAACGAAACAAUUGGAAAAUGGUUAUAGACCUGCCUCGUUAGCUCGUUAUUUUUAAUUAUUUAUUAUCACGCGUUCCGAUAGAGGUUAAAAAAGCCUCGUGCGCACAUGCAUUAACUUGGAUAUUUAUUAUUUGUUUGUGUACAUACGGAGAGUGAAUGAUAUCGACACAAGUUUCCAUGAUUAUUGCUAAUGUAAAUACGUGAUAAUUAGCGACUCGUAACGAAGGAAGCUUUUUCAUAGCUUUUUAUGGAACACACACACACACGCACAUUCACGCAACUUUAUCCAACAAAUAUCAUUGGUAUUUUGAAUCUUCAUGUCUAUAUAUAUAUAUAUUCGUUUAUCGUUUAUUAUUAUUGAAAAAUGAACUUUUAAAUGAAAGAGAUUAAAAUUCAAACCGAAACUCACUAAAGCAUUGAGCCCUUCGUAUCCGUUAAAAAUCCACAUCUAAAAGAAGAUAAAAAGAUAAUAAAAUAUGACGAAAAUAAUAACGCAUAAAUAAACAAACGACUAUAAAAGUUAUGUUUUUAGGUGAAAAUAAUUAGUUAUCGUGUGAAGUAUACUCGUUGGGGUAAAAUGCACUAUAAAUCGUCGCUUCGUUUUUUUUUGAUGUACGUAACGCUCACUGUUGUACUUUUCAUUUUCUUUCUCGAAUAUCUCGCUAAUCUUGUCUUAUUUCUCUCUCCAUUUCCCCUUUCUCUCUUUCUUUUUGUAUAUACUUUCCGGCCUUCUUUUCGUCUGUCGUUUCCUCCUCUUUUUUUCAAUUUGCAUCGCGUUGAAACGCAACGAAAAACUGCGCACUUACGAAUCUUUCGAGUUUCGUUAAAGUCUCAGUUUUUCGAGGUAAAACGAGGAUUUUCCAAAAAAAAAAAAAAAAAAAAAACAAUUCUCACGGAUAUUCGGUUUUAAAAACGAGUCCCGAUGCAACCUGAACUAUGCAAAUUCCAAUCUCGACUUUUCCCCAAUUUCCUCCUCUUCGUCCCUCCAUCUCUCUUCGUGUUUUUAAUACUUUUGAUUAAAAGUUAAUUAAUACCCAGUUGACUACAGCUCGAAACCGUUGGUGUGUGUGUGUUUACGUUUGUUCGGUAGGCAGCGAGGUUGCAAUUCGAGCUUAACCUACGAAAGGAAAUCUCGUCGUGGGGUGAAAAAACGUUUUAACGACUGUCGUAAAAGCAACAGCAAUGCAUUGUCGUCGCGGUAUUACAACGUCGAGCGGGAAGCCACUAUCAAACGGUGCAAGAGGAUCGUCUGAAAGUUUCAAUGAAAUAUUCGCAAACGUGUCAACGAGAAGGACCAUUAGCACGCCUCUUAGCUGUCAUCUCGAGACUCAACAACGGAAUACAAACUUGCCAUGUCCAAAAACGCCCCAGAAUCUUUACUGAGAACGGGGACGAGGUGUCUGGAGUAUCGACAAAUGCUCAAAACUUUAACCAGAGAUUCUUUCAUCUCGGAGCUGCUUGAAUUUAUCGGCGGAAAAUCUAUCGAGCGAAUCCUUAACUUGUGCAGCAGAGAUUAAUUACGAAUAUGAGGAAUAAUAAAUGAAAGAGAAAAAGUGUGAAAGAUGAUUGGAGAAUGAUGGAGGAGGAAAAGGAAUAAUUUAGAGGGUCGAUGCUCGCGACAACAGAGGCAAACGUCGUGGGAUGUAGUUGACGUUGCUCGUGUUUGGCGAGAAAGCGCGCGGACGUGCGAGAGCGAGGGAGGAAAAGCGCAACGAGCGGCUCAAGGAGGAACGAGUAGGAGGGAGACCGAGAAGGCUGUUGGGUCAACCCCGAAGGGGUUGAAAGAUCGUGAGUGCGUGGGCGAGAGUGUGAAUGCGUGUGUUACGGAGGAAAGUCCGUGAGACAAUCAGCAGAGCGAGAGAUCGAAAUAAAGAUCGAAGGGUGGAGAUAAAAGCGAAGGAAGAAAGAAGAGAAGAAGAAAGAGAAGAAAAAGGAGAAGGAGAGAGUGACGAGGAGGAAGGAUUCCGGAGGCGAAAUGAACGUAACACCGUUCGUACCGGUGGAAAGUUGCAACGGAUCGGACGAGUCAGCUGCCCCGGAUUACGCCACAUGGGAAAAAGUAGUGAUAUGCGGAUUCGCAAUAAUACUCAGUAUCGUCACCGUUAUCGGCAACUGUAUGGUCAUGAUAUCAUUCAAAAUCGACAAACAACUUCAGACAAUAUCGAAUCAUUUUCUCUUCAGUUUGGCUGUCGCUGAUUUCGCGAUUGGCUCCAUAUCGAUGCCGCUUUUUACGGUUUACACGAUACUCGGUUAUUGGCCAUUGGGAGCUCAUGUGUGCGACACUUGGCUCGCCCUUGAUUAUCUCGCGAGUAACGCCUCGGUGCUCAACCUGCUCAUCAUCAGUUUCGAUCGUUACUUCUCGGUCACCAGACCGCUCACUUAUCGAGCCAAGAGGUCUUCCAAAAAAGCUGGCGCCAUGAUCGCGUGCGCUUGGGGGAUUUCGCUACUUUUGUGGCCACCGUGGAUCUACGCGUGGCCCUAUAUCGAGGGCAAAAGAACGGUGCCCGAAAACCAAUGCUACAUUCAAUUCAUCGAGACGAAUCACUACAUUACGUUCGGCACUGCUAUCGCCGCGUUCUAUGUUCCGGCAUCCGUCAUGUGUUUUCUCUACUGGCGCAUAUGGCGAGAGACCGAAAAGCGCAAAAAAGAUCUCUGGAAUCUCCAGGCGAACAAACAGGAUGAAAGCAAACGCAGCAACUCCAGUCGCAGCGAAGAGGUCCUCGAAGUCGACGGGCCCCGACGUGGCCGAAGCGAAUCUAGCACCGGUGCAGACGAUGUUAAUUCUACUCAUCUUACAACGUCUUAUCUCGACAAACGUUAUUCAGAUUACAGAAGUCACAGACCGAUGUCGUGGGCCUCGUUGAAAAUGUGGUGCAUAGCGUGGUGGCACAGUGGUCGCGAGGACGACGAUGACGACGACGAAGCCGGGGGUACGGACAUCAGUAGUCGAACCGUUCAGGGCGGUGACGAAACGCUUACGCCUCUUUCCAUCGAAACACCGUUCACCAGCGAGCAACAACAGGACGCCAGCAGCAGGAGUCAAACGAGCGGAGAACUAGCUAUAAGAAAUAUUCCAACUGAUUCGAUAUACACAAUCGUGAUAAAAAUACCGGUGAGCGAGGCCCCGAGUAUACGGAUGUAUCACGAGGAUUUGACGAACGUGGAUAGCUCACUCCGGGACACGUCGCACACGACGGUGAUACGACGCCGUUCGGAGAUUCCUGACAUCAGGAUACCGCUCGACGCGAAGACUGUACAUGCGAAAAAUUCUCAAUCACUCGGGAAAAGCGGAACGGGCCUUACGAAGCCGCCACCGGUCCAAAAGAAACGUACGCAAGAGAAGAAAGCUGCAAAAAUGUUAUCAGCAAUAUUGGCAGCGUUCGUUAUAACUUGGACACCGUACAAUAUUCUCGUGUUGCUUAAACCCUUGACGAAGGCUUGCGUCGUUCAAAUACCCCAGGAACUGUGGUCAUUUUUUUACUAUCUUUGCUACAUCAACAGCACUAUCAAUCCGGUAUGUUACGCUCUGUGUAACGCAACCUUUCGAAGAACCUACGUAAGAAUUCUCAAGUGCAAGUGGCACAGUAGAAAUCGUGGGGCAAAUCCGCAGGGAUAUUGUCCGCAGUGAACUAAAUAAUCAGGGAUUCAAGACGUGGAAAACGUUUUGCAGGUUUUAAAUAACAAAAAAGAAUUAUAUCUUUGCCGAGCUCGCCGUACAAGAGUUUGUAAAUACUCGGGGUAGGUCGAAAUUUGUUAUUUCGGUCGUUCACCCACGCGUGCCAAACGCUGAACGGGUAUACUUGUAUACGCGUGAAACUCGGAAGAGUGGUAAGAAGAUAAAAUGGAAAAGAGAGAAUUCGCGUUAAGAGUGUCCGACUCAAUGUGGUCAUCUUUUUCUACAGUCACACUUUUAAGCCUCAUCUUCCCCUAACACCGUAGCCGUAAUACGAAAGAGUGGAAUGUACGCCCUUCGAAGAAUAGAGGGACGAGGGACAGUGAUGGUUUUAUUUUUUCGUUUUUUCUUUUUUCGAAUUUCACGAGAACGAAUUGCCUUGGUAAAACUGCACUUAUCGAGUGCGUUCUUUUGGAUACCGAAGCGCGUAUCCUUGCGAAACAAACGUCGAGAAGAGCGUGACAUGUGUGAGACUACUGCCAUAACACAAAAUUUAAAUAAACAUUCACGCAUCAAGUCGAAGAUUCAGCUCGAUAAAUUCGUCGUUCGGGAGUUUUAUGAUGAAGUUUAAACGAGGAGAAGAAAAAAAAAUGGAACGAAAUUGCUAUGAUAGAUAAAUAAUGUCAAAGGAAUUUGAAUAGAGAGAUGUUGAGGUUUUAUUGCCAAAAAAUGCUGUCGAGUAAGAUGAUUGAUGAAGGACGAAAAAUGCGUCUUGAAGGAGACGAGGAAUUUUAAUGUACAUUGUAAGCCCGUAGCGAGUGAUAUAAAAAAUUGUAAAUGAAUGUUUCUAAAUGUAAACAGACACACAAGUCGAAGAAGAAUUUUUGUGGCGGGGACGCGUCGAAGAGUUAUAUUACAAAUGAAUUUCAUUAGGAAUAUCGAUCGUCAGGUUACAAAUGUUUCAACGAGAAACUAAAAUAUUUGUAUGGGAAUAAUAAUGAUAGGCGCAAAGGAAGUGAAUGGACAAGAGGGAAAAAUACACAAAAUCGAUUGCUUCCGUAUACUGAAUGACAUUCUAAUAAUACGUGCCAAACAAAAGCUUUAAAAAACGAAAAAAAAUACAAAAACCAAGACAGGAAACAAAAUCUGAACUGGAGUGAAGGUGUGGCACGAAUACACUAAUUGGUUUAGAGAGCAAUACAAAGGAUAUUGAUGAUGAAUAUAAUAUGAAGCGUCAAGAAUUUUUAGUGCCGGUUUGUGGAGGAGAAUGCUUUAAGGGCUUUAACAAGCCCCAAAAAUCGAACGAAGUUACAUUUUAUCGAAGGACGAAAAAGUAAUAAUAAUCAUAACCCGAGGUAGCAAACGAAAAGGUUGUGUGGUAAAUUAAGUUGAUUUUGUGGACGAAUUUUGGAAAACGGAAUUUAAAAAACAAACGAACAACGAGCGAGCUGACUAAAUUUGUACUCGCUGAUAUUCGCACGUGUUCCUUCGGGGUCUUCUGUACGGGUACGAGUCUUCGUUACAAGAAAGAGAACUCGCAAUAACUCGAUCCUUGUAAAUGCCCGUUGUCGAUACCGUGAAUCGAGCAGCAUUGCGACCUGCUCCUGGAAAAAAUUCUCCGUAUUUGUAGCAUGAAAACAUAAAAGUAUUCCAUUAACGUAAUUUGAUCGAUCGAUCGAAAAAUUGAGCGAACGGAGAACUUUUUUGAAGCAGGAAUUAUCGCAAAAUGCGAACACGAGUGGAGCGUUUUUUUAGGAUUAUACUAAUAUGCGAGCGAAUGAUUGCCGCAUACAGAUGCAAACAUAAACAAAUUUACUAUUAUAAAGGGAAAAAAAAGAAAAAAAAACAAAUGAGGAGAAGGAGGACGAAGGAAAAAGGGAGGAACGUGCUCUCUUACGUUCCCCCGCCAAACAUUCCACGCACAAAAAAGACGCGCAUACUAAGUGACCGAACAAAUCACAGCUCGUCCCAUUUUCGUUCUUUCCAGUAUAUCCCCCCCUUCGUCAUCUUGGGAACGCUGCCCCACUCAGAGGGACGAAAAAACGGAUAAACGAAAUUGAAAGUUCGAAAGGACGACCGAGCGAGUGACCAACAGAAACAACAAUACACAACGUAUGACGUCGCGACUUUUUUUAAACGUAGUUAAUAUAUUGUAAACACCGAUGUACUCAGUCUAUGUUUAUAUACGUGUUUUAUAUUAAUGAAGAAAAACAAAAGCGAAGAGGAAAAAAAUUACGAGAUAAAAUGAAAACAAGACUUGGAACUCUGAGAGCGAAACGAUGAAUGAGGAAAUAAGUGAAAUUAAACGAGAGCAAGCGUGGCUAAAACUCGAAAGAGUAUUUUUUAUUUCUUUCGAACGAAUUUGUAAGAAACGGGGGUCGAAAGAAAUGUAAGUAUUUGUAGAGAGUCAAGGGAAGUUAGCGAGCAGAAAACGAUUGUUUAUCGGUGGGAAUUCGAGGCGAACAUUUUGCUGGGGAGAUGCUGACAUCGAGUACCCAAUUUAUCAAAUUUUAACUGUGUCGCAUUUAUAUCGCAGAUUUACACACAACACACACACACACACGCGCAUACACUCAUAUAAAUAUGUAUAUUUCGAGAGGUGACGAAAAAAAGGUGUAUUCGAAAAGUAAAAACCGAAGUCUGCAUAUUUUUCCUCCCCGAUUUUGAAAUAUGAUCGACAAGACGAUUGACACACUAAAACACACACGGUUUUUUACUCUAAUGUAAUUAAUGCAAGUUACGAAGAUGACGAUAAUAAAUGCUUUUUGACGAGUCAUCUCGUGAGAAACGAGAACAUUAUAGUUUAAUCUUUAACAUCACUCUUGUAUUAAUUUCCAUUCGAAGAGUGUGUAAAAUCGAAUUUUUUAAAUAUAUAUUUCAAAAUUUGAA